AUUUUUAGUUACACGCGCGAUCUGAAGGAUUCUGGUAAUGUUUCUUAGAGGUGAAUUGUCGGGAAGCUAAUUCGCAGGCUUCAAAUGUCUUCUUUGCUGCGCCCCCUCCUGGCUACGCACUGCGUCAGCCGCCACCAGUCAUCCGUUCUGAUGACGUCAUAUCUGUGCUUGCGGGGCCUUCGAUAUGAUACUUGCAGAACUCUGCACACUCGUGCCGAACACUUCUUGUUUCGGAGACUUUGCCUGCGCUUCAGUGCGCCAAGUCGUAGUGCUCAGAACCGAGCAAGGUGGAACCAGAAGUAUGAGCAGAGUUGGCGAACGAGGAACAAGACGUUGUUGACGUAUAUUGCUGCAGGUGGAGUCGGGAUGAUUGGUCUGUCAUACGCUGCUGUGCCGCUCUACAGGCUCUACUGCCAGGCCACUGGAUUCGGCGGCACGCCAGCUGCCGGCCACGGGGGAGAUCGGGUGGAGACGAUGACACCUGUGAGUGAUCGCAUCAUCAAAGUCACCUUCAAUGCCGACACGCACUCCAGCAUGCAGUGGAACUUCAAGCCACAGCAAACGGAAAUCUACGUUGUUCCAGGAGAAACAGCGCUUGCCUUCUACAGAGCCAAGAACCCCACAGAUAAACCCAUCAUCGGUAUCUCCACCUACAACGUGGUGCCUUAUGAAGCAGGGCAAUACUUCAACAAGAUCCAGUGUUUCUGCUUCGAGGAGCAGAGGCUGAACCCUCACGAGGAGGUGGACAUGCCAGUCUUCUUCUACAUCGACCCAGAGUUUGAUGAGGACCCACGGAUGGCCCGGGUCAACACCAUCACCCUGUCGUACACUUUCUUUGAGGCCAAGGAGGGUCAGACCCUGAACCUGCCGGGUUACACCCGCAAGUAACCCGGACAGAGGGCGGAGUCAGUCACAGACAGAACUCUGCGUGAAUUUUAACACCAGACUGAAAUGAGUCUGUUGCCUGUUUCUGGAAGGUUUUCGUGAACCACCUGGUUAAUGAAACGGGACAACCUGUGGAUUUAUAUUUUUGAAUCAUGGUAAGUUAUGACUGAAAUGAAAACCAGUCAGAAUUGAUCUCUGAAUGUUUUCCGUCGCUCUGUGAUUGGACUGCAGGGGCCAGCCUCAGAUCACAGAAGAGACUGGAUUUAGAAGUGGAUCUGGAUCUGGAACAUUUGGAACACUGGCUCCCAUGUUAUUUACAGUUUAGUGAAAAAGCGCCCCCUACUGUCAGACACUGUCAAGCUGUUUUUCCAACUGCAGAAUUGAUGUAGAAUUUCUAAAAACAUGAAAUCUGUGUAGCAUCAGAAAAGAUGAUGAAUUAUUGCAGUUCAUAUUUGCUUGAUAGACUGAAGUCAAUCAGCCUGAAUGUGGUGUUUGAAGAUGCAGCAGACAAAAAUAAAAUAGUGAUGAAUGAGUGAUGUUAAAUCCAGCUUCAGUUUGAACCUUUCACAUUUAUAUUUCA